AAGCCAACCGCUGGCCUCCAACAAACACGUCGCGCCGUCCCUCUAGACUCGACUUCAAAAAGGCAGCAAUCUUUUGCAUCGCAUCAUUCCUUGUCAUCCUCAUCCCAUCUUCUUCUUACUUAUCACCAAGACGCGACUCUCUUCGGUAGCUACCAGAGACAGGACCAGCAGGAACACAUACACCAAACCGCAAAAAUGCGCGUCCUCGGGUCUCCCGUGCGGACAUCCGUCCUGGCGCUCGCCAUGGUCGCCAUGCAGGCCACUAUGGCAGAUGUCGCAUCAUCGCCACCGAUUCAGGCUUCUAUUCACGCCUCCUGGGCCGCAUCUCCCUUGCUUCUCGAGAUUUUGGAGGCCGUCGCGGUCGAAAACAAGACCUCGUACUUUCCGCUGAUGCGUCAACUGACAGAGUCCGAAUUCCUAGAGAGCGCUAAAUCACAGCAGGACCUCUACGAGAAAAGUCUGCAGAUCAUCCAGAGCCAGGGCCAUGUUCAGCCCCAAGCACUGUCGACCUUAAAGUGGUCGCUCGCCAUGCACACCACUGCUCCAUGGAUCCAGGCGCACUAUCAUCUGUAUAACUCCACGAUUGUCCCUGACAGGACCUCAAAGCAAGGAUUCAACCCGGACUGCGGUGCUUGGAUCGACUGGUACGAUCGCCAGAUCUGCACAGCGGCAGAGCUCGAAACCAUUGUUGCCGGAGGUUUGGACCAGUUCGCGAAAAAGUUGGACGCCAAGCCGACGACCAUGGAUCUGGAUCAUAUUCAGUCAUCACGGACUGACCCAGGGCUUUUCACUAUCCUCUACGCGGAUGUCUUUGACCCAGAAUUCUUAAAGUUCAGAACGUACCUCGACACUCUUUCUAAGGAGCAUGGUCUUCAGUACUCGAUUCGUUACCGACCUCCAACAACUCCAGAGAACAGGGCUCCGCUUACAUUGGCUGGAUACGGCAUCGAAUUAGCGCUCAAGAACACGGACUACAUCGUAAUCGAUGACCGAGAUCUCGGGCAAAGUGACGAUAGUGGUACUACUGGGCAGACGGUGUUCAAGACAGGAAAUGGUCAGGGGCUUUUUGGCGAUGAAGUGCCCUCAGUUGACCCAGUCAGCCAGGCGGAUCUCCCAGCUCUGGGCAUGUUGGCCGCUCAAUUCGUUCUUCAGUCCGAAGAUCCUCUAAAGACACUCGUAGCUGUUGUGCAGGACUUCCCGAAAUACCAGCGCAAGAUCUCCAAGCUUGAACUUAACGAGACUCUCAGGGAAGUCUUCCAGAGCAACAUGAUGUCGGUGACCCGCGGCGACCAGGCACGAGUAUGGCUGAACAACCAACCUGUCCCACACCAUAAGAUGAACCCAUUUAACCUGAUUCGCCUUCUUCGUCGCGAAAGAGAAACACUGUCCUCUCUUGCGACUAUCGGUGUAUCUAGCAAAAAAGCUGUCGAUCUUUUGACCGAUUUUGGCUCGCAGGACGAAUCGGAACCUGGAUCAGAUGCGCCCACCGGCGUCUUUGACGUGCGCGACAAGUCAAAAGAACAGAACCUGAUUGUUUGGUUGAAUGAUCUGGAGAGCGACAUCCGAUACCGGGACUGGAGUCCUAGUCUGAUUCGUAUUCUGCAACCGACUUUCGGACAGUUCCACCAGGUUCGCAGAAACAUGAUCAAUUCGCUCUUUGUGAUUGAUCUCAGCACUCCCCAAUCCCUUGAGCUGGUUUCAUUCGAACUGGCCAACUUUAUUCAACGGAUGAUCCCGUUCCGAUUCGGCGUUCUCCCGCUGGUCAGAAGCGAGGAUGGCGAAGAUGCGAGAAUGGCCAUGCUCUGGAGACAUGUUGUGAAUCGCCAUGGUAUCAGGGGAGGACUAGAUUUCUUGAAGAAGACGCUGAUCGACAUGGUUCAUGGAGGCCAGGAUAUCGCGUCUGCGUCUCGUAAGAACUUUGCGUCCACCAUGCAGUCGUCAAAGCUGAAGACGACUAAUACCCCCGAGAUGAAGUAUGAGGAAGUUAUUGCUCCAGACUCAGUUUAUCGUAGCUGGUUGAAAACUGUGCAAGCGAUGACUGACAAUAUUGGCGUCAAUGCUCCCUCGCACUUUAUCAACGGCAAAUAUUUUGCCUGGAAUGAGGAUCAUGGCCAGCAACUGAUGACGGAGACGCCCCGCCAAACCGCCUUCUUGGCUGCGCGCCUCACAAACGAAGAACUGACUGAGGACACUAAUAUCUACGAGUAUUUCCUCACUUUGCCAACGGUCCACACACGCCGCAACCCAUACAUUUUCAUCAGUGAGGAUUCGCCUAUCAAGAUUAUAGACCUUGUCCAGGGCCAAACACGCCCCUUUGUCGAUACUCUUUCGUUUAUAUCGGCUGGUGAUGAAGCAACUAUCGCAACCACGGUUCUUUUGGUCGCUGAUUUUGACAGCAAGAAUGGGGUGGAUAAUGCACUGGGAUCUUUGAAUGCCCUUGAAGCCAACCACGACAACGUUCGCGUGGCCUUUAUUCAGAAUGGAGAGUCCUUGAAGGAGUCAGGGCCGUCGCUCGGAAAUUUCGUCCGCCAGUCGUCUGUCGACGGAAAGACGCUAUCGAUUGGGUUCUGGAAGGAUCUUUUGCAGGGUAUUGCCGAUGGUAGCUCGUUCUUGGACAGCUUCCAGAAAUCCACUAGUCAGCAUCCCGAGGUGGCCAUGAUUGCCACAGAGGGAUCUAAAGGACGAGAGGAGGAAAGUAACCGUGCUAGACAUCAGUUUUUGAAGACUACCCUUAAAGCAAAGGAAGGCCAGGUUUUCAUCGUCGUGAAUGGCAGGGUAAUCGGCCCUAUUGAAGAAGCAUUCGACGCCGGCGACUUUAAGUUACUGGUCAACUACGAGAAAACUCUGCGGGUGGACAAGAUCAAGAGCCUGCUCGAGAAAGCGCAGAUCAAGACAAGCGCCAAUAAUAUUAUGAAGGUUUCUUCAAUUAUUCUUGGAGCGGCUCAGCAGGUUGACCAGGGACUCUACGAUAUCAACCAGGCCGAGAUCACCAGGGAGCGCAUUUUUGAAAGAUUGAACGACGACGAGGCUGGCUUCACUGUGAAUCCAAGAGUCUAUGCUGAAAAUGAUGAUGUUUUAUUCCACUUCACGGCUCUCCUGGAUCCAGCAAGCGAGCUAACGCAGCGCUGGGCAUCGAUCCUUCUCACGCUUUCGCAGUUGGAUAACGUCAAAGUCGACAUUGUCUUGCAACCUUCGCUCGAGCUCAAGGAGGCUCCUAUCAAGCGUUUCUACCGCUAUGUCGUAGAGUCUGAGCUGAGCUUUGAUGGCAACGGUGCUAUUACUCAGCCUACCGCUUAUUUUGCAGGACUUCCUGAACCCACACUCCUCACUUUGGGCAUGGAUGUCAAUCCAGCAUGGGUUGUCACCUCCAAGGUGUGCAUCCACGACCUCGACAAUCUCAAGCUGUCCAGUUUGACAGGAACAGCACGCAUGAUAGGAGUGCAGGCAGAAUUUGAACUACAGCAUGUCCUCAUCGAGGGCUUUGCUCGUGAUAUGACCCAAAAGAUGCCACCCAAGGGCGCGCAGUUUAUCCUCGGAACCAAAUCCGAGCCACACGUUGCAGAUACACUGGUGAUGGCUAACAUGGGCUACUUCCAGCUCAAGGCCAACCCUGGUGUGUGGGAGAUGGUCCUGAGACCUGGACGCACUUCUCAGGUGUACUCGAUCGAGAGUAUUGGUAGUGAGGGUUGGGUUACUGGAGGCAUCAAGAAUGAUAAGCGCGAUCUAGUGGUUGCGAACUUUGAGGGACUGGUGCUGUACCCAAGAUUGGUCCGUAAUCCUGGAAUGGAACGUGCCAAUAUUCAGGACGAGGCUACUCAGGAAGGAGGUGGCCUCUGGGAUUCGAUUAAGACGACUAUCAAGGGUUUCACCCAUAGUGGUGAUAAGGUUCCUGCCAAGAAGAAGGCCGAGAUCAACAUCUUUUCUGUUGCCUCUGGACAUUUGUAUGAGCGAUUCCUUUCAAUCAUGAUUCUGAGUGUCAUCAAGAACACUGACAGUCGUGUCAAGUUUUGGUUCAUUGAAAACUUCUUGUCGCCCUCGUUCAAGGACUUCAUUCCUCAUAUGGCAGAGGAGUAUGACUUUGACUAUGAGCUGGUCACCUACAACUGGCCACACUGGCUUCGUGCGCAGACUGAGAAGCAGCGAAUCAUUUGGGCGUACAAAAUUUUGUUCCUGGAUGUCCUGUUCCCCUUGGACCUUGAUAAAGUCAUCUUCGUCGAUGCAGACCAGAUUGUUCGCACUGAUAUGAAGGAGCUGGUUGAUCUGGACCUUCACGGUGCACCUUAUGGCUACACACCCAUGUGCAACGACCGCACAGAGAUGGAGGGAUUCCGAUUCUGGAACCAAGGCUACUGGAAAGACCACCUCGGCGAAAAACCCUAUCAUAUCUCGGCCUUGUAUGUGGUCGACUUGGUUAGAUUCCGUCAGAUGCAGGCAGGAGACCGUCUUCGAGGUCAUUAUCAGCAGCUGUCACGCGACCCUCAUUCGUUGGCCAAUCUGGACCAGGAUCUGCCCAACAAUAUGCAGAAUGAGGUGCCGAUUUUUUCGUUGCCCCAGGAGUGGCUCUGGUGCGAGACUUGGUGCGGUGAUGAGGGUCUGGCGAAAGCAAAGACCAUCGAUUUGUGCAAUAACCCAUUGACGAGGGAGCCCAAGCUGGAUCGUGCUAGGCGUCAGAUCAAGGAAUGGGAGAGUUUGGAUAACGAGGCGACCGAGUUUGCCAAAAAGGUCAAUGCCAGACUCAAAGCCGAACGCAGCCAGCAGCAGAAGCAGGGACAAAGGCACACUGAGGUGCAUGAACAAUCGCAAACCAAAACCACACACGACAGCCAUACCAAGAAGGAUGAGCUUUAGAGGCGAUGUAUUUACUUGAUGUGGUUCACACAAUAAACCGUGU